UAAUAAGUAAUCAUGAUUACGACUUAGCCUACGUGAGGUUUGUUAUCACAGAGUCAAAUCGAUACAUUUUUUGGUAUAAAUACAGAUCUAAAUUUGUUUAUUUUCAUUUUGAAAAAAACUAAACAACAAUGCUUGCCGCUAAAGUUGUCUUACUUUUGGGCCUUGCCCUUUUCGUCUCAGCUGGUCAAGAUCUUGACAAGGGCAUGGAAAUUGUGAAAUGCGCCCAGCGAGCAAUAAGCGUAGGAGUACCUGAAUUAGGAGUUCCAUCACAUAAUCCCUUCGUCGUUAUCAGAAACGUAUCAUGGACUGGAUCAAUCGGUGUUGCAAGCACCCAUAUCGAACUCAAUACCAAUAAAUGGUAUGGUCUUGCCGAUUGGGAUAUCUCAGCUAAGCAAAUCAAUGACGACGAAGAUUUCGAGGCUGUCUUUGACUACACCACAUACUGGCCCAGUUUUAGAAUCGUAGGCAACUACGAAGCAACCGUUAAAGAGCUUUUCCUUACACAGCACUACAAAGGAACCUACAACAUAACCAUGAUUAAACCAAAAUGGACUGGAAGAAUCAGCGCACAAAAAGUCCCCACUGUCUUAACACCUAAGCCCAUUGUAGACAGUUUUACCGUCGACUGGCACGUUGCAGAUAUAAAAUGCAAAAUCACUGGUAUGGGAAUAAUUGGAGACACCUAUGCUCUCGCUAUUCAAGAAGGUAUUGAAACAGCCCUCAACCAUGGUCUUAUCGGAAAUGCCGUCGGAGACUUCCUUAAAAUGAGAUUCAACACUGUCUGGUAUCCCACUGGCAAAAUCUGGCAAAUGAUGGACUGGUGCAACGGCGGCUCCACCGACGCCCCAACAACAGCUGCACCAUACACACAUGCACCCUCAACAGCUGCACCAUACACAGAUGCACCCUCAACAGCUGCACCCUCAACAGCUGCACCCUCAACAGCAGCACCCUCAACAGCUGCACCAUACACAGAUGCACCCUCAACAGCUGCACCCUCAACAGCUGCACCCUCAACAGCUGCACCCUCAACAGCUGCACCUUCAACAGCUGCACCAUACACAGAUGCACCCUCAACAGCUGCACCAUAGACAGAUGCACCCUCAACAGCGGCACCAUACACUUAUGCAGCACCAGCCCUUUUUUAAGCAAAGAAUUAAUUUAAAAAAUAAUCAAGAAUAUAUUUUCCUCCAGCUUUGUAACGAUAGAAUACAAUAAAAUCGUAUUCAUUAUUUACUAGA